AGAGGGGGGAGGGGUAAUCAGGCAGCCACGGGAGCCUCUGCUGAAUGCCUGCUGUACUCUCUUGGAGGCCUCAUCCCAACCCCUGAGACAGGGCUGUCACCUCGCCCCCCCUACAACCUCACAGAUGAAGAAACUGAUCCUGGCCGGGGCGGAGUCCUUCGUCCCACGUCACUGAGGUAGGAAGAGGCAGUGCCGGGGUUUGAGGCCAGGGCGGGCUGCUGUCAGAACCCUGGCCUUUCCCUGUAGUCUUGCCCCACAUCUGGUUGUGGGAGAGAGGAGGGCAAGAAGGAAGCCAGCUCAGAGCGUUAACAAACAAGCCCGAGGCUGUAGCAUCCACACUUGAGUUUUGCAGCCGAAGGAAAUUGAAGUGGUGGCUCAGAUUCCGGAAGUCAUCGGACCUAAGUCACCAAAAGAACCUGGGGCCUGCCCUCCCCCCACUCCAGGCUGUGAUGAUUCUGCGAUUAAUCCUGCUUGCUCUGGUCAUAGGGCAUGUCGGGGGAGAGACUAGGAUCAUCAAGGGCUACGAGUGCCGUCCUCACUCCCAGCCCUGGCAGGUGGCUCUGUUCCAGAAGACACGGCUGCUCUGUGGGGCCACCCUCAUCGCCCCCAAAUGGCUCCUGACAGCAGCCCACUGCCGCAAGCCCCAAUACCUGGUUCACCUGGGAGAGCACAACCUCCAGCGAUGGGAUGGCUACGAGCAGACCCGAACAGCCACCAAGUCCUUCCCCCACCCCCACUUCAACAACAGCCUCCCCAACAAAGACCACCGCAAUGACAUCAUGCUGGUGAAAAUGUCCUCCGCAGCCGUCAUCACCCGGGCUGUGCGACCCCUCACCCUGUCUUCACAGUGUGUCACUGCCGGCACCAGCUGCCUCAUUUCCGGCUGGGGCACCACGUCCAGCCCCCAGUUGCGCCUGCCCCAUACCUUGCGCUGUGCCAAUAUCACUAUCAUUGAGCACCAGGAGUGCAAGAAGGCCUACCCCGGCAACAUCACGGACACCAUGGUGUGUGCCAGUGUCGGAGAAGAGGGCAAGGACUCCUGUCAGGGUGAUUCUGGGGGCCCUCUGGUCUGUAACGGGUCCCUUCAAGGCAUCAUCUCCUGGGGCCAGGAUCCCUGUGCGGUCACCAGAAAGCCUGGUGUUUACACAAAGGUCUGCAAAUACGUGGACUGGAUUCGGGACACGAUGGAGAACAAUUAGCCAGAACCGGCUCGUCACUAAUCCCUACUUGGUGCUGUGGUUCCUGCUCAUUCUCUUAAUGAAGCCUGAGCCAGGAGCUCUUUAUGUACUUUUGGGGGGCCUUCUUGACUCUGAGAGAUGCUGUAGCUUAAUCAAUCUGAGGUUUGGAGUUGGGCUGCCUGGGUUCAAAUCCUGCCCCAUUCUAACCAGUAACUCGGGGAGGGAUAACAGCUGUUUGGUUCAUGGGUCUACCUCCAGCCCCAAGUGCCAUUCCUGGCACGCACACCAAGGUUUCAAUAAAUAUUACUCAAUGAA